GCAAGGCACUUGGAUAUAAUGAGAUCUCCAGAAAAUACCAAAACAACUUGAAACUUGGAGGGGAGAGUCAUCACUUGGAAACUUCUCUUUUGCUUCUCAUGGCUCCAACUCUCACCUCCAAUUCAUUUCUCCUUAACUCCACGCCACGCUCAAGACACACUCUCAUAAUCCCAAGGCUCGGGGUCUUUGCCAAAAGAGCCGGACCCUUCUCCCCAUUCCAGCUCGGCAAACCUAAAGAUGACAGUGCAUCAGAGACUAAUGGUUCAGACAAUUCCAGUCCUUUUAGUUUCAACUUUGGCAAGGUACCUGAUGUGAAGUCCUUGAUACCUGUUGUGAGUGAGCCUGCUUCUGGUUUCUCGUUUCCAAGAAGGAAGGAUCCUGGCACUGUGUUUGUGGCUGGUGCUACUGGCCAGGUGGGCAUUCGAAUUGCACAAACUUUACUGCGCGAAGGUUUUAGUGUUAGAGCUGGAGUUCCUGAGCUAGAAGCUGCGCAGGAGUUGGCUCGUUUUGCAGCGGACUACAAGAUCAUAUCAAAGGAACAAUCAAGACGUCUCAAUGCUGUUCAAUCCACUUUUGAGGAUGCAGAAUCAAUUGCCAAAGCAAUCGGUAAUGCAAGCAAAGUUGUGGUCACAAUUGGUCGUGCAGAGAAUGGUCUUACCUCUGAGGUCUCUACAUCAGAUGCAUUGCAAGUAAUCCAGGCUGCUCAGCUAACAGGUGUUGGCCAUGUUGCAAUAAUCUACGAUUCAAACACCGCAAACUCUUCGACUUAUAAUGUCCUAGACGGCUUCACAUCAUUCUUUAACAACUUGUUCUCACAAUCCCAGCAACUGACCAUACCUGAGUUCCUGCAGAAAGUAAUCGAGACAGACAUUAGUUACACUUUCAUUAAGACGAGCUUGACUGAAGAUUUUUCGCCAGAGAGUUCUUAUAAUGUUGUUGUCUCAGCUGAAGGAAUCACUGGUUCAAACGACUACAAAGUGGCAAAGUCUCGGAUAGCAACCAUAGUGGCUGAUGUUUUCUCAAAUACAGCAGUGACAGAAAAUAAGGUGGUGGAAAUUUUUACUGAUCCAUCAGCACCUUCAAGGACUGUGGAUGAGCUUUUCAGUGCCAUUCCUGAAGAUGGAAGAAGAAAAGCUUAUGCAGAAACUCUUGCAAAGGCAAAAGCUGAGGAAGAAGCAAGUGUAGCUGCUGAGAAAGCUCGUAAAGCAGCAGAUGCAACAAAGAAGCUUGAAGAAGAAGUGAAAAAGUUUUCGGAGCAAGAAGCUAAGGCAAAUGUUCUGGCUGAAGAAGCCCAGGAAAAGGCAGAUGCUGCAGGGACUUCAAUAGAAAAUCUCUUGAGUAGAGCAAAGGACAUCAGAACAGGGUUUUCUUGGGAGAAACUAAGUACACAGAUUGCAACUGCAGUUCAAACAACAAACGGAGAAAAACCAAAAGUGCAGAUUGCUACAGUCAGAGGACAAGCCAAGGCUCGUUCUCUCCCUGUCCAAAAAGCUGCUGUUAAACGACCAACCCCAAAAUUUCCUGCCUUGAAACCAAGGAAGGAGACAAAGCCAAAGGCCGAAGAGACAGAGUCAAAGGCAGAAGUAAAAAAACUAUUCGGAGGCCUGUUUCAGCAAGAAACUAUAUAUGUCGAUGACGAAUGAGACAAUGUUUUGUAACCGUAUCUUAUCUUUUAAGCCCUUCAGAUUCAUAAGUCUAAACAGGAAAUGUGUACUGUGUUUAAGUUUUUCCAAUCAUUCUUCCCUAUGACAAAUAAAUUUUCUUGGAUUUC